CGAUCAGCCAGUAGUAAGCAGUCAGUUAACAGUCUCUGAAUUACGGCCAGUAGCUCGAGAGGAGAAACACUCCAGCAAUGAAAGGUUUCAUCGUAGCCAGCCUCUGGCUAGUCCUGACGACGAGCGCUGCCCUCGGUUCACCCGUCGGCAGCUGCUCCACGUUCUCCGGCUCGGGCGCGGUAACCUUCCUGCGGGACGACAGGAACUGCUCCGUCUUCUACGAGUGCGUCUCCACCGAGCCCACCAUGAUGGUGUGCCCCAGCGGGCUGCACUUCAACGCGGUGCUCAAGGUGUGUGACUGGCCGGCAGCCGCGGGCUGCUCCGCCGCCACGCCGCCCCAACCCGAGGCGGACAGGCCGGCGCCGCCCGACGCCCAGACCGUCAUCUUCACGCGCGAGCCGUCCAGCACGGCGCCCGCGCCUGUCGACGUCAUUCCAGUGAAGCCGCAAGGAAGCACGGAGUGCCCCGCCGUCGGCGGCUGUCCCAGGUACAACGGCGACGACACUCUGGUGAUCCAGCUGCCGCACGCUUUCAACUGCAGCCGCUUCUGCAAGUGCGACCACGGGCAGGCGGUGACGUUCGAAUGUCCCAGCGGGCUGCAGUACAACAAGGCCGAAGGCAUCUGCGACUGGCCUGUCAACGCCAAGUGCGUGCCCGACAGAGGAUUCGCUGGUAUGUGGUCUCCGCCGCAGCCGGAUGGUCCCGCCGACUCGUCCAGGCGACGACGCUCCUGGAACCUCCUCCGCUUCCCCUAGUCGCUAAGUAUGCCCCAGAUUGGCGUACAUAUUAUAACACGACCUUGCAGCAACUCAUUAUUAUUCUGACAUGACUUUCCAACUCUAUUUUGCCGCAAAACUAGCUUAUUACAAGAAGUCUUAAUUACUCUACGUUGUAUUCGAUAUGAUUAAACAUUAAUGUAACACAAAAUAGUGACAUGUUACAACGCAAUAAUGUUAAAUUGCGUAAGUACACAUAGACGUGUUCAUACAAACAUGAUCGAACGCUCUCACAAAUACUGUCGUGCAUACAUCCAUUGCAGACUGAUAUAGAAGAUAAUUGGUAGUAUGUAGAAUAGUUAAGGAACUAGUGUGUUUUAAAACUGUCCAGUGUAAACAUAAUAAAUGGUGUUACAGGGCAAAAA